AUGGAAGAAACGAAAGAUGUUGUAGGAGGGACGGCGGGGUCGCGGGGUCGGUGGGGGCGCGGGCCGGGGGCCGGGCACCGCUGCGGCACGUGCGGGAAGUGCUUCAGUAGCCGCAGCCUGCUGGCGGAGCACCACAACGUGCACUCGGGGGCGCGGCCCUACCGCUGCACACUCUGCCACAAGGCCUACGCCUCCAAGUACACGCACCAGGCACAUCUCAAGACACAUGCGGUUCGACCUCGUCCGUUUAAAUGCAAUCAAUGCGGCAAAUCGUUCCUCACGCAACAAAACCUCAAUCAACAUGAAAAGACUCAUUCCGGAAUCAAAGAUUUCAUCUGUAAUAUAUGCAGCGAGCGUCCGUUCUCGUGCGAGGAGUGCGGCGCGAGGUUCACUCAGCGCUCGAACCUGCACUCCCACCGCCGCGCCACGCACUACAACGACACCAGGCACCACUGUACCCUCUGUCCCAAGAAGUUCAAGCGGAGGAGGUUACUAGAGUACCACAUAAAGGCGACGCACACGGGCGAGCGUCCCCUGAAGUGCAACGUGUGCCAACUGUCCUUCGUGUACCCCGAGCAUUACAAGAAACAUGUCCGCAUACACUCCGGGGAGAGGCCCUACGUCUGCGAGAUUUGCGGCAAAUCGUUCAACUCUCGCGACAACCGAAACACGCACCGCUUCGUGCACAGCGACAAGAAACCUUACGAGUGCGUCGCCUGCGGGGCUGGGUACAUGAGGAAACAACUGCUCUACGCCCAUAUGAAUACCAGCGGUCACCUGGCGGAGUCCAUCGUUGUCAAUCAACCUAGAGUCAUCAAAGUUACGGAAAAUGGAACUAGUUCGCAUGCUACGGAUAUAACUGACCUAGACACAAAAACCAGUAAAUUUGAUGCGAUAUUCGAGGCACAGACUGAAUUGGAGGCUAGCAUCAAGUCCGUGAAAUCAGAAGCUGACGUGAAUUUAGAAGAUGCCAAAUUCUAUAUUACUGAAGAUAAGAAAUUAAUAUUGCAGGAUAGUGAUAACAUAGGAGAGAGGGCCGACGCGACAAUUUUAGAAGCUGUCAAUGCUGAACAAUUGUCUGAACAGACUGAAAUCGUAGCUAAUGAUGAGAAUGGAGGCAUGGUGCGACUGAUCCAAAUCAAAUUACCUGACGGUAACAACGGAUGGGUGGCAAUCAAUCGCUGAAACAUUUCUGCCGGGCUAAGGACUCUGCCAAACACCGGUCAAUGGGAACUGUUAAUUUAUAUUUUAAUGCCCGUCUUUACAUACGUCUUUACGUCUACAUAAUCACAUAUUUUCGUCUAUGUAUUUGUCCUAUCUAACUGACG